GGAGGGCGGGUCAGCGCGCCGGCGCAGUGCGGUGGUCACUGGCUGCUGUGGUACGUUCCUUACGUCACUUAGCGUUGGCCCGAGAGAAGGAAAGAUGGUGCUGGAUCUGGAUUUGUUUCGGGUAGAUAAAGGAGGGGACCCAGCCCUCAUCCGAGAGACGCAGGAGAAGCGCUUCAAGGACCCGGGACUAGUAGAUCAGCUGGUGAAGGCAGACGGCGAGUGGCGACGAUGCAGAUUUCGGGCAGACAACUUGAACAAGCUGAAGAACCUGUGCAGCAAGACAAUUGGAGAGAAAAUGAAGAAAAAAGAGCCAGUGGGAGAUGAGUCCGUUCCGGAGGAUGUCUUAAAUCUCGAUGACCUCACUGCAGACAAUUUAGCUAGCCUGAAGGUCUCACAAAUCAAAAAAGUCCGACUCCUCAUCGAUGAGGCCAUCCUAAAGUGUGAUGCCGAGAGGAUAAAGCUGGAAGCAGAGCGGUUUGAGAACCUCCGAGAGAUCGGGAACCUUCUGCAUCCCUCCGUGCCCAUCAGCAAUGAUGAGGAUGCCGAUAACAAAGUAGAGAGGAUCUGGGGCGAUUGUACAGUCAGGAAGAAGUACUCUCACGUGGACCUGGUAGUGAUGGUAGAUGGCUUUGAGGGCGAAAAGGGGGCCGUGGUGGCUGGAAGUCGAGGUUACUUCCUGAAGGGUGUCCUGGUGUUCCUGGAACAGGCACUCAUCCAGUAUGCCCUUCGCACCUUGGGGAGUCGGGGCUACACCCCCAUUUAUACCCCCUUUUUCAUGAGGAAGGAGGUCAUGCAGGAAGUGGCACAGCUCAGCCAGUUUGAUGAAGAACUUUAUAAGGUGAGUAGCCUGGGGCAACAUGGCAGAAUGACUUCGUUACAGAGUUUAACCUCAAAGAUACAGAGCUGUGUUGUCCAGGAGAACCUCCUGCAGUGUGGAGAUACUCUGUAUCAUGGCUGUUGAGCACUUAAAAUGUAG